GGGAGGAGGAAAUUUGGGUAUGUUGAACACUCACAGACAAACACUCAGCUCUGGACUAGAAGCUGUUAAGACUCACGGGGAUUCAAGUUGAUCAUCAGCAAUGGGAGGAGAAGGACCAGGCUUGGAGCCACACACUGGAUUUUGGGGGGUAAGACACUGAACAUUGAGAAGAUAGUAAAAAGUAGCCGGCGGUGGAUUCUUUGUAUUUUCUGCUGUGGAGUGUCCUGAAAUGAUACACCUACGGUGAUAUGAAGUUUUUCCGCCCCCUCCCUGCUUGAAGAAAUAAUUCCAGACAAAGAAAAGGCUUGAGGGUAAAGUGCUCUCUUGGGAAACUGCUCGCUCCUGGAUCUCGGCUCUAAUCACCGGGAGGGCGCCCAGCAGAACUAAUAGCUACAAGAAAAAAUCAAUACCUGGUAAACCUGAGCUCACCACUCCCUCACCAUGAAUCAGGAAAUAGCAGAUAAGAAAAACUGGAGGGAGCUUGAACCCAACUUGCCCACCAAAAUCUUCCUGACAGUAUUUUACAGCCUGAUCCUGGUGACGGGCAUUUUGGGUAAUUCAAUCACAAUCAGAGUGACCCAGGUGCUGAAGCGUAACGGCUACCUGCAGAAGAACGUCACCGACCAUAUGGUUAGCCUGGCGUGCUCGGACCUGUUGGUGCUGCUCAUCGGCAUGCCGGUGGAGCUCUACAGCGCCAUCUGGUUCCCGUUCUCGUCCAUCUCUGGCAACGCGUCCUGUAAAAUCUACAACUUUCUGUUCGAGGCUUGCAGCUAUGCUACCAUCCUCAACGUCGCCACGCUGAGCUUUGAGCGCUACGUGGCCAUCUGCCACCCGUUCCGCUUCAAAGCCUUUGGGGAAAGACGCACCAUGGCCCUCAUCACCAUCUCCUGGGUGGUGUCCCUGCUCGUGGCCCUGCCGCUGCUGAUUGCCACGGGGACGCAGGGACACAUUCCCAUCGCAAGAAGCACACCCGUCCAGAACCUGACUUUCUGUACCAAUCUGAGGGAGCGCUGGACGAUGUACAGGGUGAGCAUCUUCAUCGCUUUCAUCGUCUACAUGGUGGUGUUGAUCUGGGUGGCCUUCAUGUGCCGGGCCAUGGUCGUCGUCCUUAAGAAGCAUUUAGGAACCACGGAUGGCGCCACCAAUGGGACCCAAAGAGACGCCAGGCACGAAAGUUCAAAGGUCAGGACAGCCAGGAAGCAGACCAUCAUUUUUUCUUG